CAAAAACUACUAUUUUUGUUUUGAUUUCAAAAAGUUAACUUUACGCAAUUCACGUUGCAUUUUACAUUAUGCUGAGAUAAAUUCGUAAUUUUGUGUCUCGAUCACAUUAUGUCUGAUGUAGAAGAUGCUGUGGAACUUAUGCUCAAGCAAACGGGUUGCAUUAAUCUUCAUUACAAAGUACAGGAGUGCAUAGCGGAAACGGGAGAUUGGCGCAAGUGCCAGGAAGUGGUUAAAGAGUUUAAGACUUGUAUGCAAGCCUACACGGACCAACAGCGGAAGAAGUACGAAAAAUGAAUGUGGCGAGGACGCUUGUUGCGGGAG